CUGAGACGGGGCGGGCCAGGCCAGGCCAGAGGCGGGGGCUCUCCGGCGGCGGGCGCGCAGGGGCCCGGCUCCCGAGGCGGCGGCAGGCAGCAUUUCGGCGCGGGGAGCGGCUCCGCAGCCACCGGGCCAAUGAACAUGUCAGUGUUGACUUUGCAGGAAUACGAAUUCGAGAAGCAGUUCAACGAGCAUGCGGCCAUCCAGUGGAUGCAGGAGAACUGGAAGAAAUCAUUCCUAUUUUCAGCUCUGUAUGCUGCCUUUAUAUUCGGUGGUCGGCACCUAAUGAACAAGCGAGCAAAAUUUGAACUGAGGAAACCACUUGUGCUCUGGUCCCUGAGCCUCGCCGUCUUCAGUAUAUUUGGUGCUGUCCGAACUGGUGCUUACAUGCUGUACAUUUUGAUGACCAAAGGCCUGAAGCAGUCAGUGUGUGACCAGAGUUUUUACAUUGGACCUGUGAGCAAAUUCUGGGCAUAUGCAUUUGUGCUAAGCAAAGCACCUGAACUAGGUGAUACAAUAUUCAUUAUUCUUAGGAAACAGAAGCUCAUCUUCUUACACUGGUACCAUCACAUUACUGUGUUACUUUAUUCUUGGUAUUCCUACAAGGACAUGGUGGCUGGCGGUGGCUGGUUCAUGACCAUGAACUAUGGAGUACACGCCGUUAUGUACUCUUACUAUGCCUUGAGGGCCGCUGGCUUCAGAGUCUCACGCAAGUUUGCCAUGUUCAUCACCUUGUCGCAGAUCACUCAGAUGUUGAUCGGUUGCGUGAUCAAUUACCUGGUCUUCUCCUGGAUGCAGCAGGGCCAGUGCCAUUCCCACGUGCAGAACAUCAUCUGGUCCUCUCUCAUGUACCUCAGCUACUUUGUGCUCUUCUGCCAUUUUUUCUUUGAGGCCUAUAUCGGCAAAACCAGAAAAGAAAGGAAGGUUGACUAGUGGUAGGAACAAGAAGCCAUAGCUCAGGGUCAUCAAGAAAAACAAAAGUAUAAGAAAAGAAAAUGGCACAAGGAAACACAUUCAUGUAUGGUGCAGCUAAAACUUGGCAGCUUAGGGAAAGUUAGGUUGGUUUAACCCAGUAAGUUUAUGAUCCUAUCAUGGUGAGGACUCACUGAAUUCUACUCUAUCUCAAAGGACUGCUGAUGAAAGAGAACUUCCUUCUUGUACCUGUCUGCUCUAGAAAAGAAAGGAGAAAAGAAAGAAGAGAAAAAAAGAAAAGAAAAAAAAAAGAAAAAAGAGAAGAGAAGAAAAAAGAAGAGAAGAAAAAAGAAGAGAAGAGGGGGGAAGAGUACAAUAAAUAAGCAGUGUGUUUCCCCAGGGUGGAAGAGAGACUUUAAAAAAAAUAAAGUUUCUAAAUCCUUUCUAAUAAUUUUUCAGCAUUAAACUUGAACAAAACAAAGUAGAGAGGUGACAAAAAAAAUAUCUGUCUAUGAUAACAGUAAGAUUGCAAAAUUAAAAUCUUUUCCAUAGAAUGUUGAUACCUUUAGCCAAAAUGAAACCCAGAAGGAUGUUUCCUGCAUGGGAAGUGGCUGAACUCCACACUGUGGUCAUGAAUGGAAAAGAGAAGAGAUUGAUUUCUCCGCUAUGUACUCUGCCAGGGAAACAGAUCUGGGAUGCAAAGUCAGCUCCCUCAGAAGGCGGAAAGGAGCAGUACUUUUACAAGAGUUUAAUGUGAAAAGAUGUACUGUUGCAAUACAUAUCUCAGAGUGCAUUUUCCAAGUGCAUUUUUCAGUUAAAGGCAAGGAAUUUCUGCAGCAGGAUAAGUCAUAGAGGGUUAAAUCAAUCAAUAUUUGCUAAAUUACCAGGGGCUAAUAGCAGAAUGAUGUUCAGGAAGGAGAGGGAGACAACUGCCCUCGUGAUUUUUAGGAAUUAUCUGUUAAUCUCAAUUUAACCCACAGCAACACCGAAUUAAACAGGGGAAAUCGGAAGAAAUCCUAGUUAGCAAGAAGAGAGUGAUACAUCUGCCCACUGUUUUCAGAACAGAGCCCUGUGGUACAAUACGGAUUCUAUAUUUUUGUGGAUGCAAGGCUACCUGCCUGGCAGGAAGAGAUGGCAGGACUGCACGACAUUAGGUAACACUGUGCUUCUGCAUCUGCCUCCUGGGCAGUGCAGAGAUGUUCAAAGUGCCCUCCUCUGGUUAUGUGGAGCUACUACUACAAAACAUACUUGGAAUAGGUUUUUCUCGGUUUGUAUAGAAAAAAACGAGUCUAAACGGAGUAACUUUGCUGCAGCAGCUUAACUCUAAAGUCCAGAGAGAAUUAUCCUUCAUUAAAUAUGUAUCUCUCUCUCUGCAGAAUCUGUACUGUAACAUCAGACUGACCACUUCAGGAGACACUUCCUUCUCUGAAGUCAGCUACAGAUAUAAGGAGAAACGUAUUUCACUCUGAACCUUAGAGAGUUAGUUGAGAACAGCCAUAUUCUUUCAAAGACAAGUACAUUGCAUUAUCUGUGAUACUCCAGUCCUUACAAAACCAAAUAAAAAUGUGUAAAAGUUCCUAGUAUUUCAAAGACGCAAGUAUGUAAACUUGAUGUUAAAUGUGUUAAUGUAGUAUUCUAAAUUGUAUCAGUUAGGUAGUUUAACUAAACAAUUAGAAGAACUAGAUCAACAAGAUAGGGACUGCUGUUCUGCAUAGGAUAUACACACACCUAUAACUACACCCAUAUACACAUUCUGUGAAUUGUCAACAAGAAAAAAAAGAAGCCCAGUGGCAGAGAAUCACGUUUCCUGGCUAAUGCAAAAGAUUGUCAUUAUCUUUCUUGCUUUAAUUUGAGAUUGUACAGUACAAAGGGUAUUUUUUUUUAAUUACGAUUUUUAGCUUUAAUUGUGCUGUCAUUCAUGAAACAGAGCUGCUUUAGUAUCCUGUUAAAAGAUGACAAGGGCUUUCGGUGUCUCAUUAUAUACAAAAGAAGAACAAAUAAAGUUACAUUCCAUGUUACGUGAAUGGUCUUACAAGUCAAAAAGCCUUUGCAGGCUGAAAUCAUGAUUACAACAAGCAGAAAAUGAGUUUACAUUUGUGUUAUUUAAGUUAUUGAUGUGCUGACGUUAUUUUAUGGUACACAACAAAUAGCAAAAUGUGAUAUGCAGUAAUGAAGCUAUGAUACUCAUUAAUAGGACUACUGUAUACGUGGAAAUAUUAGACAAAACCAAUUAAAUGUGUAAACCAUUUUGUUAUACAGCUUGGGAGUAGAUAAUUAUAAUGCUGAAUAAGCCUUCUUCCUCAUGCUUAAUUUUGCCCUGGCUAAGAAGCAGGUUAAGACAACUGGUUAAGAGCAAAAAAGGCAAAAUUAAAGUCGAUGAGAAGCAUUGGUAGAAGCCCACCACUGUGCCAUUUAGACCCUCAGUCCUGUGUGUCUUAGGUCUCUCAAAUAAAGCAGGAGUCCAGUGUCCAGAGCUGAAGCUGGAGCAGAAAUUUUGGGCCCUGUGAAGUUAGUGGAGGCUUUGCUCUGCUUUGGACAGAGCCAGUGUGUCCGGCUGCCUUUGAUCCGAGCAGAGGGAAAGGAGCCGCGCACACCUCCUGUUCAUUUGAGGCUUAUGGCCAGUGGCUUUUAAGUAAUUUAUAAAUGAUAUUGAUAAACUUUAUCAAUAAGAAGUGACACCACUGCAAGGCAAGGACUCGCAGCCCAAGUUAAACAGAGGCAGAAAACAGGAUGGGUUGCAACCAACCUACCACGUUUCGUACAUUGUUUUUCCUUAAUUGCGUAAGACGGAAGAAAAACCCCUACACUUGUGCAUGCUGGAUGCCAAUGCUGGCAGUGCCGACACUGACUUCAGCAGAGCAAGAAUUUCACCUGCUCUUACCCCCAUCCUCUCAAAGCCCUCGUGGGUACCUCUGCACCGUUCCCAGUGCCUGCUCCCUGAUGUGCCCACUGCCCCACCAGCUGGGGCUGGGCGAGCGAGGGCCACCUUUCUUACUGCCUGGGAAGUGGCUCCAGUGCAGAAACCAGCCCAAGCAAGCUCCUCCUCAGAACGCAGUGCAGGCGUACCUCGGACAUGCAGGGGCAACUCGGCGCUGAAUUCAGUGAGGGUCCUGGCAGGUGACUAGGCUGCAGGCAAGCAUAUACAUAGGGAAGAGGCAGCAAGAUCAGGCACAUAAGAGACAGUGUAAAUUGGGGUACAUUUACCAUCACACUGGAAAUUGGCUGUUGCACUGCCAUGUGCGUGCUUCAGGAGAUGAUGUCACACAUGCAUUUACACAGGUUCUAUGGCCCUACUAUACCAUUGGGCUUUUCCUCUAAGGUUUUCCACUGGAGUCAAAUGUGGUAACUGGCAUUAGAGAAAUUGGGGAUAAGAUGAAAACAACUUGCACUGUAUUUCUUACUUCUGUUUCUUCCUAAAACAUGCACACGUGCUAUUUAGACAUCACAUUUAACCCACUGACAUGUACUUAAACACUGAGCCAGUCAACCCCAAUACAAUGAUACCUCAACAGUACUCCAGCUGUUCAAACAUACAAGCCACAACAUAGAAACACAGCUAAUUGGGUCCUAUUUAUUUCCCUUGGUUUGAGCCUUGGGGUGACACUUCAGUAUUUUCUGUCCACUACCAGAACCCUUUUUUCCUGUUUUAAAUAAAGCUGUAAUUCUGUUGCAUUCACACACACCGUGGGGAACUCAAAUUUUAUUGAAAUUACCAAGCGUUAUGGGACCUGUGACAACCAUCACAGAUGCUGGAGAUGCUGUUACAGGAUUCAUUAUUAAAGUCAGGGAAGUUACACUGGUGAUAAGGUCAGGCUGCCAGGGUAGAAGUAGAAGUCUGUGUUUUAUGUUUUGACACAUGAAUCCAAUGUACUGAAAUAAAACCAGAAGGGUUGGUACGGAUUUGAGCUUAGGCAGUUGUGAGCAUAAUUUGGCUCUUCCUGAGUGAACACUUUGAAUAUUUUUGACUAGUUAGUGGAAAAACAAAAAACGUGGGUAAUUCUGCAGACUCUUUAAAUUGUGCCUGUGAUGAGAAGAAAACCCCUGAUGCUUACAGACCUUCUGUAACUCAAUCACAAAUGAUUUAUGUCUGCACUCACUGAUAACACCAAAAGAGACCUCUCACCAGAAUCUCACAGUAAACAAAUACCAUUUUUUACUUAGAAGAUAAGAGCCAAAGCAUGCAAAAGGCAUCACUAAAGAGCCAAGCUGGGUAGCUGGAAUAAAGUUGUGAGCACAAGUUGCAGGAGAGACGAGAGGGGAGAAGGCCUAUUCCAUAUCCCAGGAGAAAGUAUUUCCGGGCUGGAUGCUCACUCCUUCCCAAGAUUUGAAAGGCAAAGCUGGAGGAGGGUGGGUUGCAUAGUGCCAGGCACACAGGAUAGGGUGGCUGGUGAAAUGAGGCUUGUGUGAAGGGGUCACUCCUGCAGAAUUUAAUUAUGCAGUGGCUCCCUGAGUGCAAGCAUGGGUCUUGUGGGUUUGUUUGGAGGACCAUCCGUGGUCUUAACAACUUGUGAACUUCAAGACCUAGAUGUAUUUCAUUUUUCAUUCCUGAAAGCAAAAACCUGGGACAAUGUUUUAGUUGAGAGCAAUGGUACCUCAGGGAUCAAUAUUCAGGUGAGUUUCAGGCAACAAAGACUGUAAGAUACCAAUUAUUGUUACUGUGAAACAGCAGCCUUUGUAAGCAGUGCCAGAUAUAACAUACCAGCGCGGUAAUCUCUGUAGUAGUUGUAGUCUAUCCUGUACUUAAGAACCAGUAACAGAAAUGUAACAUGUUUAUAUACAAAUCAUAAAUACAGACAUACAGUAACAGAAGUGGCUUUGAUCACAGAAGAAAUCAAAGCAAAUUGCAGACCAUACAACAGUUCAGGACUUAGUCCAAUGCCUACUGAAAGUGAGAUUGUUGGUGAGAUGUCCAGUGACUUCAGCAAGUUUUGCUUCAGCCCGCUGCAGCCCAGUUGCAGAAGGCAGCGCAAGACCUAAAUCCCCUGCUUGUUUAUUUAGUGGUGACAUGAACUACUCGGGGCAUCACUCAGACCCUGGCAUGGGUUGUCAGUCAUGUUUUCCAGCCCAGUGUCAGUGAGCCCUCUAAAAGGGAAGACUUGCAGCUCAGAAUUGGUGGUGGGUUUCUACUGUUUUAUUUCAAUACAUUUUCCAUUCCAUUUAUUUUAUUAAAAGCGAGCUAAAGGGCAAGCCCCUGAUCCUGCUGUUGUAAAUGCCCUGUUGCAGUCAGAGCAGCUACACAUGGGCACAGAGACCAUUUGCUUAUGGGGGUAAAGGCAGGAUCUGUGCCUUGCUAUAGACUUAAUUUCCAGCAGAGCAAACACCACAGGGUAGGAUUUGUUUUCUUAAAUUUAACCAAUGUACCAACACAAAUAAGGUCAGAUCUGCGCAAGAACUCGACAGCUAAGGGGAACCAGGGCCCUCCCCAGUACAUCAUAAAGCUCAGUACAAUGCUGCAUGAAGUGGGGUUAAAGUGUAUUUCCCAGUGGGUGUAAAAUAAUACUCCCCUGAAACAGUGACUUUCCUGAGAAGUCUCACUUCUGUCCAGUCCUGGACAGCUUCAAACAGGCCUGUCUGCUGAAAAACCGCAGCUCUGAUUGACUUAUCUGCUUUCUCAAAAGAGCCACUACAUGCUUUAGGCUUUUUGGAGCCUUAAAGCUCAAGCUAGAUUUAUAUUCAGAAAAAAAACCAACGUUAAAUAUGUGUACAAUAACUAGGAGAGAAUAGUAUGAUAAAUAUCUUUAUUUUACCAUUUUCAAAUGGCUAUUUCACUACAUAAAAGGAAGUUUUUAUUUUUAUUUUUUUGGGGUAUAUUGAUAUUCCAAAUAAAAUUUUAACUUUUGGUUCAAAAUAAAA